GAACCCCAACCCACAAAACCCUUCAAACCCUGCAAUUGAAUCUUCCCGGCAAAAUCCAAUUCCAUUCGAUGUUCACCAAAUUCUUUCUUCGAUCGUCUUCUUGUCUUCCCAUUACUCUAUCUCCUCCGCUUACACCCUUCUUCUCCAACCCCUGUACCCCCACCUCCAUCCGCCCCAUCGCCGUCGUCUCCGCCUCCGCUUCACUUUCCGUUACCCUUGACGAAACCUUCCCUUACGAGCCUUCACUGUCCAAAGGCUACCAACCAUCAAUCCAAUCCAAAACACUACAGCAAGAUAACGAGGAUUUAUUUGAUGAAAACUGCUUCACUCGUGUUUUCGACAUUUCUGCUCUACGGGUCUCCGCCGAUCGCUGCUACGCUCUAGAAAGUCAAAUCCGUGGACAUCUAUUGAACUGGCCUCGGAUUCGGAACAUAGCUAGGGUUCCUGGAGACGAAAUUGAUGGCCAAUUACAGAAGUAUUUCAACUCGAGUGAUGAUGAACCCUUGGAGUCUUUGAAUCGGCGAAUUUAUGGAAAGGCUGAGGGAGAUGGGGAGCCACUGAGUCCGGUUUUAUACAGAGAUAAGCUUGCAAAAACCUUCAAUGCCAGAGGUUAUGAAAAAUUCAGGAACUUGGCCAAGUUGUCGAGGCCAAAGAGGAAGACAAAAAAGGAGCCAAGUGAAAUUAGAGAGAAUAAAAGGAACGAGUGUUAUCAAGUAGAGGAGGUUGUUGAUGAUCGUCGGAGUGCCGAGGAGAAAUGGGAGGAUUUGAGUGGAUUAAUUGGAGAGGCUGAGUAUAGGUUAGGGAAAUGGAAAGGAUCAACAAGAUUGUUGCUUUUGGAUCAUCGACAUGCAGAUAAAUCAAUGGAUGAAUUGCCUGAGGCGAUUAAGGCAUGCUUAACGGGAUCACCAUUUGAACUUGUGAGAUGCAAGCUGACUUUGUUUUACAAUUACUGGCAGAUGAAUGAGAUCUUAGAGGCUUUGCUUCCAAAGGGUAUGAUAGUUCCUUCAUCCUUUGAGACUGUUGGGCAUAUCAUCCACCUAAACUUGAGGGAUGAACAUCUUCCAUAUAAGAAUCUUAUAGCGAAGGUUGUUUUGGACAAAAAUAGACCGAAGAUACAAACAGUUGUCAAUAAGAUUGAUUCCAUUGAUAAUGAAUUUAGAACCAUGCAGCUUGAAGUUUUGGCUGGAAAUCAUUCUCUUGUGACAAGAAUAGUAGAGAAUGGAGUUCAUUUUCAUGUUGAUUUGGCAGCAGUGUACUGGAGCUCGAAGCUUGCAACGGAGAGGCAAAGGCUUGUAAAUUGCUUUACACGGGCUGAUGUAGUUUGUGACGUGUUUGCUGGGGUUGGUCCUUUAGCCAUAUCUGCAGCAAAAAAGGUUAAAUAUGUGUAUGCAAAUGAUCUAAAUCCUCAUGCAAUCGACUAUCUGGAAAGAAAUUGCGUGCUCAACAAACUUGAAAGGAAGAUUGAGGUUUUUAACAUGGAUGGGAGGAGAUUCAUUGAUGCUAUCUUUAAGAGUCAAAGUUCCCGACCCAUCACACAAGUAGUCAUGAAUCUGCCUAAGGAUGCAGCUGAGUAUCUUGAUGCAUUUAAGGGAAUAUUUAGAGAUGCCGACAGAAACGAAGAGUUAACAUUGCCAACGAUUCAUGUCUAUGGAUUCUCAAAAGCUGAAGAUCCAGAGUUCGAUUUUCAUGAGCGGAUAAGAAUUGCGUUGUCGGAGGUGGCUUUUGAAGUAAAAAUGCAUAAAGUGCGACUUGUCGCCCCGGGAAAAUGGAUGUUGUGUGCAUCAUUCGUUCUUCCCGAGAGAGUCGCAUUUGCAGAUCCGAUAUCGGAGCUGUAAGUCGAUUCUACCGAUGAAGAUUGUAGAUUAGAAAUUGUGGGUAGUGAGUAAGUAAAGGUUGGUAGCAAAUGGUUUUGAAGGACUUGUUUUGAUUACUUCUCUUUUUGUCUUCAUCCAUAAUAUGAUCUUGCAAUAUCUUUUAAUCAUAUCAAUUUGUUUGUGAAAUUAAAA